AAUACGAUAAUUUCAGAAACAUUGAAGAAGUAGGUAGAGGAGGAUUUUCUGUAGUGUAUAAAACUUCAUAUGAAACGUAUGAAGUUGCAAUUAAAAUAAUAAAAGAUUCUCACAAAAAUAAGCACCUUUUUUUAAACGAG